AUGGCCGACCACAUGGACGAUUCAAUCACCGAAGACAUCUGGGCGUCGCCCGGACCCGACGGCCAUCCUGCCCCGUCGUCUGACCGGCCCAAAACCCCGGCUACACCAAAGACACCCAAAACACCCAAGACCCCUGCGAACCAACCUACCACUUACGAUAGAGAGGCAGCAUUGCGGAAAGAGUUGGAAGGUGUGCGCAACAUCAAUGUCGCAAUCGAAGGUAUUAUCAACACCCUUGAGAAAGCCAAGGGCAACAUGAAUACUGUUUCCAGUACUGUCUCCAACGCCUCGACUCUGCUCAAUACCUGGACCCGCAUCCUGUCCCAGACCGAACAUAACCAGCGACUGAUUCUCAACCCGAACUGGCGAGGUGCAAGCCAAGACUUAGUAGAAGUUGAGGCUGAGGCUCUUCAUAAGCAGCAGCAAGCCGAGAGGCGGGCGGCUGAAGAAGAGAGGCGACGUGAGGCCGUUCGGAGGAAGCGAGAGGAGGAGGAGGAAGAGCGACAGAGACAAGCGGCAGUCAGCAGCGCACCCCGCAGUCGAGGAAUUUCUCGUGGACGAGUUCGCGGCACAAGCACGGCAUCCACCCGUGGCCAUAGCUAUUCGAGUAGCACAUCGAGAAUUGGAAGAGGCGCAUCGAGUGUUCGCGGUGGAUAUCGGGGGCGAGCUAGAGGUACGGAAUAG